AACGUAGCUUCCAAUAUGAUGCACGCUUUUCCCACUACUUCUAGCAAGCUUUCUUUUCGUUCUUCGACAACGCCUCGUGGUCGGAAUUUUUACCCUCCGAAUUUAGACAAUUUAUCUGGAAUCUCGACCUUUUUCUGAUCUACAUGCAUUACUUUUCGAGAUAUAAGUAAUGGAAGGUCAUCACCAGCAGUCUAAUGCAACUAAUAUGCACCAACAGCAUACAAAUCCAGAACCAACCACGAAAAAUCGUAGUGCGGGAGGAGGUGGUGCAGGCAAAACGAGCAAAAAGAGAAAAAGGAAUCAGGAUCUUGGCCCUGGAGCUCCUCGUCAACCUGUAAAUGGUUAUGUCCGGUUUCUAAAUGAGAGAAGAGAACAAGUACGGGCUGCCAAUCCAAGCGCAGGUUUUGCUGAUAUUAUGAAAAUAAUGGCCCAGGAAUGGACUCAACUACCUGCCGAGGAAAAACAAAAAUAUAUGCAAGCUGCUGAACAAGACCGCCAACGUUAUCAAAAAGAACUACAAGAGUAUCAACAGACGGAAGCUUACAAAAGUUAUGUCCAACAACAGCAACAGCAACAUGUUCAACAGCAGUUACAUUUACAGCAACAACAGAGACAAGCUAUGCAAGCUACUCAUCAAACUCAGUCACAGCAACAACCAGCAGCACAUUCGUCUCAUAGCCAAGUCCAGGCUCAGCCAUAUAUCCAACAAAUCCAGAGUUACAACCCCCAGUUGCAUAUUGUUCAACAUAUGCAACCAGGGCAACAUCAACAACAUGGUGAUAGAAGUAACAAUACCGCUGGUCACCGUCCUGAUGGGUCAGGAAAUCAAGUCGGUGUCUUCGACAUUCCCAUCUUCACGGAAGAAUUUCUCGAUCACAACAAAGUCCGAGAAACAGAGCUGCGGCAGCUGCGGAAAGCGUCAGCCGAGUACGAGGAGCAGAACAGCGCCCUGCGGAAGCACGUCGAGACUCUUCAAGCGGCCGUCAGUCGACUGGAAGCGGAAACGGAGCAGCAGCGACGACACAGUGCCGCACUCCAGCAUCACCUCGACAGCCUGCGCGAUGUGCUGGCCAACAGUUUUGCCCAUUUGCCCCUUCCAGGUUACAAUGAGACUCCGACGUCACAAACGGUGGAUAACUACAUGGCCCAUUUGCGCUCCAUAAUCCAAGAAGGAUCGCCUGAAAAUGCUGGAUUGAUUGCCGCCGCGCGCGAUAUCAUAUCGCGUCUGAAUUAUUCCGCCUAAUGUCUUCUGAUUUGACUUUGACCCCCGCCACACUGACAGUUUUUUUUUUUUCCCCUUCUCUUCUCUCUUCCUCUUCCGCAAGAAAAAGAAAAUGAAAAAAGUAUUAUUACUUCAAACCAACAAUAUCGUCGCUCCGCUUAGUCUGUCGGCUGUUUUCUUACAAAGUCUAUCGCACGCGGUCGGACUCGAACGUUUUUUGGGUUCUGUUGGAUCCUUGCUAAGCUUUCACGAAUUCUCUGCGCGGCAACAUUGUUUUUCUUUCUUUAAAUCCUGAUUUUCCGCAUAGGUCAACGUUUUGUUGUGAGAGUACAAAUAGUAGCGCGACUGAUAACCCCCCCCCCCCCAACUCCAAUCUUCUUUCUCAUCCAAAGUAGAUCGAUUCCAGGCUCUUAAAAAAAAAAAAUACUUGCGAGUUCUUUGCCUGCGUGCUUACCGUGAAACAUCCCUGCUCGUUCUCCCUUACCCUUAACAUUCGUUUCACGAGUAUUCUAUCUGGUUGUAUGAUUUGUGUGCUUGUUCCCCUCAUCCCUCCCAUUCCCCCAUUACUACGAAAUUCAGACUGAACAAAAUCGGAUAUGUUUCUCGCCCUCGGAUCUUCCUCUUUUUCUGUAAAGCCUUAUUUGUAAUCCUUUCCGCAGUUUUAUGUUAGCGAUUUUUAAUUUUUUUUUUUCUUCUUCUUUCGUUUGUAGAAAAUGAUACUGGAUAUCGGUAGGAAGGAAAAGUUCCGAAUGCCCCGGAACCAGUUGACGCAAAAACUAAACAAAGACAAAAAAAAAUACUAGCAAUACGACAUUCAGAAAUCAACCAGACACGACUUAGAUAUACGGAAUCAAACAAAACAAGAGUUGUUCGACUGGUUCUGGGUGAAUGUAGAGCGAUCAUUAAAGGGGGAGAAACAAAAGAGGAAAGUUUGAUUGAAAUUUGUGUGCCAUGGGUCAUCCUAUAAAAGAUCACGCUAUCUCUUUGAAAAGGCUCUUGUUUUUUUUUUUUUGCUCGUUUCGUUCCCCCCUCACCCUACCCUUCCUUUUAAUUAAAUGCAUAUUGCCGUUAUGUUGAAGUGCUGAUCCCAAGUGAUGAAGUCCUUAUGGCCUGUCGGCUCGUCCGAUGUUGUCCUUUUGGUUUUGCUUCCAUCUCACCCUGAUAUUAUUAGAUGAUGAAUUUGGUUGAGUUUGGGCCGAAUUCUCCUUAUUUCUGAUUGCUGCUGACACCUCACUGGGGACAGACGUAUUUUUCCAUUCGUAUCGAGCAGUGCACCACCUACAUCCCCAAACAACCAUCUUAUGUUGGUUCUUCCCCACCCCAUCUGCUCUUAUCUCUCAUUACAUGUGUGCGACGUUUUAUAAUACCACCUUCCUGAUUUGA